AUGGGCAGCGUUGACAUCGCCCUCCCCCUCAUCGACCUCAGCGGGUACAUCCGGCCCGAUGCGACCGAGGAGUCCCGGCAGCGGGUGAUUGACGAGGUCCGCGACGCCUGCGAGCAGUUCGGCUUCUUCCAGGCCACCGGCCAUGGCGUCGACCUAGCGCUCCAGAAGGGCCUGCUCCAGAGCCUUGACACCUUCUUUGGUCAGUCCAAGGAGGAGAAGCUCAAGCUGUCGUUCCUCAGCAACUCGUGCCGGCGCGGGUAUGAGGCGUCGGGCAUGUCCAUCCGAGAUGGGGACCCGUUGGCUGAUUCGAAGGAGGCCUUCUACAUCGGCCCUGAGGACGCCGAGAUCGAGCCGCCCGGACUCUACGGUCCCAACGUCUGGCCGACCAACCUCCCCGGGUCCACCUUCCGCGAUCCCGUCUGGGCCUACUACGAGGCCACCUUCCAGCUCGGCCGCACCAUCUGGGAGAUCCUCCUCCAGGGGCUUGGUCACCCGGCCACCGUGCUCGACGUCUUCGCCAAGCGGCCCCUCGUGCCCAUGAAGAUGAUCCGCUACCCGCCCGCGAGCCAGCACCUGCCCGGCCAGUUCGGCGUUGGCGCCCACACCGAUUUCGGUGGCGUCACCGUGCUGCUGCAGGAGCCCGGCAAGGAAGGGCUCGAGGUCUGGCACGAGGAGGCCCGUCCGGAGAGCACCGAAACCACUGGCAGCUGGGUGCCCGUCCCGGCCAUCGAGAAUGUCUACGUCAUCAACUGCGGCGACAUGAUCCAGCGGUGGUCGACGCGGCGGUACAAGAGCGCCCGUCACCGCGUGGUUAACAAGGCUGAUGUGCAGCGACUAUCGUGCGCCACUUUCUGGCACGGCGACCUGUACGCCACCGACCCGCUGAACCCGGGUAACGGCGACACUGAGUGUAUCGGACAACUGCUAUUUAAGCGCUUCAAGAACCAGUUCUCGUUUACCAAGGAUGUGGCCGAGCAGUUGGGGCCGCAGGCCCAGGCUGUGGAGGGAGCGCGUUAG